AUGCCGGGAAGAUCCGAUACCUCUUCAGAUUCGAGCUCUUUGACCCGCCCUUCUCGUCUCGAUACGCUGACGGCGUCUCGAUCGAGCCUCGCUGGAGGCGAUUUUACACUAGAUAAAUUAAUGAACUAUCUCAGGGCGGCCGACAUAUAUGGACCGAUCCAAACUCAGGAUUGUGAUAUUGGGUCAAGAUCUCUUGGCAAGGGUGCGCAGUUUGAAGUCUUUGGGCGGAGAGCGAUGGUCGUAGGAAUGAACCUCGAAUUCGAUGGCCCUUUUGUCGCAGAUAGGAGGCCCUCUUGGCUCUCCAAUGAAGUUGUCUUUAGAUCUAAGAAAACACAAAUUCCUAUGGAGGGGACACGCGUCGAGUUAGUCGCCAUCAAGCGAGCGCUGCUAGCAACGACGGGGUUUCAGUCCCCUCUUCAAUCAUCGUCCCAUGAUACCGGGGCAAGCAGAAGACAGAUCCGUGAUUCUAUAUUCGAAGUCUUGGCAUUAUCACAUAGUACUCUCCGGAGUCAUCCUAAUAUCGUAACAAUUAUCGCAUGGGGAUACGAUAGUCGUAAAAGCAACGAGAUGCUCUUCUCCCCCACCCUAUUCAUGGAGCAUGCGAAUAUGUCUCUCGCGGAAUGCUGUAAAGGAUUCGGUGUCCCUUUUAAUGUCAAAAUCCACUUGAGUCGAGGACUUGUCGCUGGCCUAGCCGCACUGCACCAAUGUGGUGUUAUACAUGGCGAUAUCAAGCCUUCCAACGUCCUCGUAUUCGCUUCAAAGCAAACUGAACACGGCUGCAUGGCGAAGUUAGCAGAUUUCGGGUGCUCUGUUUCUGAGUUGGAAGUUGAUGGUGAACCGAUUCUGCCUUUGGGGACACAGGGUUGGCGGGCGCCCGAACAGGGGUGCAGAGCGGUGCAACCGGGCAUGGCAGAGCGGUGCGAUAUUUGGGCUUGUGCAAGAACUAUAUGGAGUGCAAUAGCCUUCGAAGGCGACGUACCACCCGAUGCCACUCCGAAUUUCAAUGUUAUUUGCACAAAGUUCCCACAAGCAUUAAUUCCCACCGCAUUCAUCGAGGAUCUCUGCGUUGAACUCGGACAUAUGUUGACGAUUGACUUUCGAAAUCGCACCCAAGAUCUCAGCGAGAUCAAAUCUAUCUUAGCUAAGGAAUUUUGCACAGAACCAGGGGAUAGUCUCGAGAGAUUUCUUACGUUCUUCUGUGGCGGCUUGGCUUCGGACGAUAUUGUCAAGCUUGAGGAUAAGUCGCUCACAGCCCUUCCUAUGAUUCGUUCGGAAUUUGACACGAAUGCGUCAUUCUUAGAGAAGUCUCGUCGCAACCGGAAGAGUUGGGCAUACGAAUCCCGAAGGGCCUUCGAUUUUGCAUCCAGAGACUCAGCCUUACUAAGACAGCUUAGUUCGGAGUCAAUCGCGACAUCCGAAUUGUUUACCAUCGCCAUAGCAUAUGCACUCCAAGGGAAGCCGGGACAAGAAAUUGAUACCUUAUACAAGUGUGCCGAGGGGGGAUAUCUCCCGGCCCUUGCUCUUUACGCCCAGAUCUCUUCAGGGCGUCGUCGUCUUUCCGGAAGUCUUGGGGUUCAAUCGCCUCGGCAAGGCAAGACAGAAUGGAUUACUACAGGAGUAGAAUCUGGAUACCUAUUUCCGCCUCAAGACUGGUUGGAUGCCGACGCUGGUCGUUUGAAUGCGGCUUGGGAGGUCUUUCGCUACCGAGGUGGCUACAACGUUCACUACAGCGCCCAGAUUGAUACGCCCAUGAAAAAUGAGGUGCCAUUGGGGUCCGGUUUGCUAGGUGACUUAGAGGAAGACCUUAAAGAUUUCGCUAUACAUGCAGCAGCAGCCAAGAAUGAGUUGAAACCAACAGGAUUAACCUGCUUGCUUGAUAUCAAGAGUAAUUUGGACAAGCGGGACAGGGGCAACGAUACGCCAAUUAUCAAAUGCUGUAUGGCGGGUCAUAUUGAAUCUCUCAGAGCUUUAAUCAAUGCCGGUGCUGAUGCAAGUGUGACUAAUAGUGUCUCGGGGGUCUCUGCGCUGCAUUGGCUUUUUGUUUUCCCUGAUGAAUAUGUAGAAGAAGCUUGUCUGUUGCUACAAAGGGGAGGUCUUUCGCUUCAGAACCCCAGCCAAGUUUCAGCAUUGGAAAGCUUCCAUUUCCCGUUCGCAUGGCCAAGCGGCGCUCCAUUGCACUGGGCCGCUUUCACUGGAAACUUAAAGGCUGUUGAGAUCCUAGUGGAAAAGGGUGUAGACUUAGAGAUUCAGGACGCCGCCCAUCAAACAAGUUUACAUAUCGCGAUGAAGAUGGGGAACUGCAAAGUGACUAAUCUAUUGCUACGCCUUGGAGCGAAGCUUUCCGGGCCCCCCAAUCGAAAUCGCAGCUCGUUUGUGCACGACUUUUUAUGGUCGGGGCUUGAGUUAGGGGCAGAUUCGGAAAUGGAGGACUGGGAUGCAGGAACAGUUUACAUUCCACCAGAAUACGACAUCAUGGUCUUUAAAGGCGAUUUCUCAGCAACUAACGCAGAAAAUAUGAUUCAUACGCUUUUGGAACACCAGCCUCGGUGCUUAGAGUGGAGAGACUCGCGGGGCUGGACAUGUUUGAACUAUCUGGUUGGAUUUGGCCAUGCAAGCUUGGAGACUCUGAAGUUAAUUAUUGAGAGAUCACCUCACGUCGAUGACAUAGGACCCGAUGAUGUAUCGGUCUGGAUACAUGCGUUCCUGCCAACAUUCAGUCCUCGCGAUGGGUCAUUCACGCGUGACGAUAUCUGCCUCUGCGAACGGAUCAGGAUGCUGCUUGAUCCUUUGACUGCUGAUGAAAAGAGGAAGUUCAUCAAUAGAGUCGAACCAACAUUGCCUAUGAAUCACGAAGCAUUUUCUGGAAACGAAUUGGAGGAUCUUCGAGGAAGAGCCAAAAGGACACCACUUCACUGCGCUGCUGCCUUUGGCUUUGCAUCAUGCGCCGAACUACUGCUUGAUUUCGGUGCCGAUACCUCUUCUAGGGAUGGUGGCGGAAUGACUCCACUAGAUAUAGUCAAACAAAAAUUAGGAACUCCUGGGCAAGGACACCGAGGAUUUUUAGAUCCCGCUAUACCAGGAAAUGUGGCAUCUGAACUAGCAAUGGAAGAAUUGACCAAGAAGCAGGUGGAAGUCUAUGACCACCGCUUGCCUGGGUGGGAGAAGAUUUUAAAUCUGAUACAGCCUCAUGAUGAAGCAGCAUAUUGA